GUUGCCAAGUGGACAAAGAUUUGGAAACGGCUUCCUAUUAUCAUGGUGUCCAAAUAACCCAUCACCAUGAUUGAGGCAAGCAAUUCUCACCUUAAGUGGCCGCUGCACAACAUAUCCCAGAUGUGUCUAAUACAAAAUGUUGCACAGAGCAGCAAGAAAUGCAUAUUCAUGGUGGUGGGCAAAUCACAUCAGAACAAAGCAAUUAAAAUGGCUGGAACAAAAUGUACAAGAUAUGGAAGGGAAAGUAGAGUAUGUACUGAGCAUGAUCAAUGAAGAAGGUGACUCGUUUGUGAUGAAGGCAGACAUGUUUUUUAGGAGGAGGCCUGAAUUGGUGAACAUCAUAGAAGAUUGCCUCCAUGGAUACAGAGCCUUAGCACGAAGAUAUGAUAAAUUAUCAAUGGUUAUGCAGAAUGCUAACCGAACAAUUGCCUCUGCUUUCCCUGAAAAAAUGGAGCUCACUAUGGAUGAUGAUUUCGAUGAUUUCCAACAGGUAACCACUUCCUCUCAUGAACCAGAACGUCCACCAAAAUCAGUUCCACCGCCUCCUGCUAUCAGUCCCAAGAGAAGUCGUAAUUUUAGUAGGAAUAGAAGUCUUAAAGGGCCAACUAAAAUGAUGCCAAAGAAGGGGAUGCUCAAGCUUGGUUCUAUGAAUGAUGCUGCUGCAGAAGCGGCUACUAAAGCAUCGUGUUUGAGCAAAAGUGAGGCAGUGGUUGAAAUUGAUAGGCUUCAGAAGAAAAUAUUGGCACUACAGACUGAGAAAGAGUUUCUGAAAAGCUCGUAUGAAAAUGGACUUAAAAAGUGGUCGGACAUUGAGAACGAGGUUACUUCUAUGCAAGCAAAAGUUAAUUCAUUACAAGAUGAAUUUAGUAUCGAAAAGGUUAUUGAGGAUGAUGAAGCACGGAUGCUAAUGGCUGCUACAGCUUUGAACUCGUGCCAGGAGAAAAUAACGACUUUGCAAGAAGAACAUGAGAAGUCGACUCAGGAGGCAAAAGGAGAAUUAAAAGAACUGGACAGAGUCCGGGAUAAGUUUGAGACAAUGAUAGAACAGCUUAGUACACAGGAUUCUGAGGAUAACUCUGUUCGAGAAAACAACAAAUCAGAGGAUUCAGACCAGAAUAGAAGCAUUGAAGAAGAAGCAAAUAAUCUGGAAAUAGUAAAUGUAAGUCUGAAGGAACAGCUUCAAGUGGAUGGCGAUUCAUCUUUAACAGUGACUGUACUUGCUGAAAAGAUCGAUGAGCUUGUUGACACGGUCCUUAAUCUAGAGUCUGUAGUAUCCUCUCAAGGUGCUUUGGUGAAAAGGUUGAGAUCAGAAAGUGAUAAGCUUCAGGAGAAAGUUCAGAGCUUAGAAGUAAACAAGGAAAACUCAACUGAUUGUUCAGACUACAAGACUAGGAUCCGAGAUUUGGAAAAUGAAUUGAAAAUACUACAGAGCUUCAAGGAAAGUAUCAAUAAUGCAGACAAAAACUUCCAAAAUAAGCCGGAGCAAGGCAAUGAAAAGAACAGAGACUAUCAUAAUGUACCUAAUGACGGAAGUUCUGGUAUUCAUAAUUCAGUGGAGUCCCAUGAACCACAGAGAGAAGUUACUGGUGUCGUUGGAAUGCCAUCUCCUCACAAGAAUCACGUAGAUCCUAGAGCAGAAGAGAAAGUACACGAGGAUGGAGACAGCAAAGUUCUGGAGAUUGAACCGAAUUUGCAGUCUAAGCAAGGCAGUAUUCAUCUAGAUGAUCAUGAUGAAUUGAAGACGAAACACAAUGAAAACAAACAUGAUGAACGUUCGACCAUGGUGGACGACAGUGAUGCGCCUGAAUAUGGUAUAGUUGAAGGACAUCAACCAAAUUGGAGACGAAUACUUUUGAACGAUUUGGAGGACCGGGAGAAACUUCUACUGGAAGAGUACACCUCACUUCUGCGAAAUUUUAAGCAAGUGAAGCAGAAGCUCAAUGAUUCGGAAAAGAAACACCGGGCUAACCUCUUCAAAUCUACACUGCAAAUGAAAGUUUUAAAGAGUGCCAAUGCUUCCAAAGAUGCCGAAAUUCAGUCUUUACAAAAGAAACUAAACUUGUUAGAGUCGGAACACGAUGUCUCAAACACAGAUAAAAGCACCGAUGGAGAUAGUCAUCCGGCAUCGGAUACUUCUUCUCUUAAGCAAAGGGAAGCUUGUGAUUUAGGACAAGUGGAAUCAAGUGAGAGCACCCGACCAUCAACAGUUGCAGCGGAAACAGAUGAUUCUAGAAAGUACGACAAUGGUGAAUUGGAACUUGAAUCUGCUAUAUCGAGUAUUGAAGAAAAGAUCCGUAUGGACCUUGAUGAACUGCUCGAGGAAAACAUAGAGUUUUGGAUAAAAUAUAGUACAUCAUUUCAUCAAGUUCAGAAAUUCCAAACCACAUUCGUAGACUUGCGAGCAGAACUAAGUGAACUAAAAGAAAGCAAGAUGAAAGAAGGAAGCAGUCUCCAGCACUCAGAUGUUCGACCAAUCUACAUGCAUUUACGAGAGAUUCAAACCGAAUUAACAUUAUGGUUAGAGCAGAACGUAGUUCUUGAGGAUGAUUUACAGAACAGAAGGUCAUCAAUAAUUAGCAUCCAAGAAGAGAUAUCAAGGUCAUCAAAUGCAGAUUCUGAGGAUGCAGAUGAAACCGAGCUUACCGGUCAUCAAGCUGCAAAGUUUACCGGUGAAGUGAUGAACAUGAAACAGCAGAACAACAAGGUAGCAGAUGAACUUUUAGAUGGGAUUGAAAGUGUAAAAAGGCUGAAAGGUGAGAUCGAAAAGGCAGUAGCAAAACUGGACCAAGAGUUCAGAUUUUCUGCUGCAAAGAAUCAACAAACGAACCAGUCUAGGAGUAGAGUACCCUUGAGGUCUUUUUUGUUUGGUGCCAAGGCAAGGAAGCAGAAGGGAUCAUUACUUGCUCGCAUAGCUCCCAAACAGCAGGCACAGCAGAGUGAUGCAUGUGAGGUGCAACCAACAAAACCAACAAAUUCAUAGUUAAUGCCUUGGUUUGAAUGUACGUGCAUUGUUCAUCAAACUAAUUCAUAUGAAUUUUAAUGCAUGCUUCGGUUUCUUUGAUUUUUAUUAUCAUCAUUCGUCCUACAGUCCUACGUAG